UGAUCUGCGCCGGGUACCCCCAGGGACAGCGCGACACCUGCAAGGUCAGGGGGUCAAAGGUCAGGAGGUCGAGGGUCAGGGGGUCGAGGGUCAGGGGUCAUGAGGCCGAGGGUCAGGGGUCACAGGAUCAUGUGGGGCUGUGGGGUCCCAGCGGAGCCAUGAUCUGCGCCAGGUACCCACAGGGACAGCGAGACACCUGCAAGGGCGACUCAGGCGGCCCGCUGGUGUGCGCCGUGGGGCGGCGCUGGGUGCUGGUGGGCAUCGUGAGUUGGGGGGAGGGCUGCGCGGUGCCCAAGCGCCCGGGGGUCUACACCCGCGUCAGCGCCUACGCCCCAUGGAUCGCCCCACGAGCCCCCGGCGUCACCUUCCUCACCGCCGCCGCCGCGACCCACGGCCGCCCCACCGCGACCCACGGCGCCAUCGUGAGCAUCGUCCUCGUCCUCGGCGUCUGGGGGGCGCUGGGGUGAGGGGGGGGCGGGGGCGAAAUACAGCGCUCUGUGACCCACGGCUGUGACCCAUGGUUGGUUGUGUGAGCCAUGGCUGUGACCCACGGCUGUGACCCACGGCUGGUUGCGUGACCCAUGGCUGUGACCCACGGCUGGUUGUGUGAGCCAUGGUUGCGUGACCCACGGCUGUGACCCAUGGUUGUGACCCAUGGUUGCGUGACCCACAGCUGUGUGACCCAUGGCUGUGACCCUUGGUUGUGACCCACAGCUGUGUGACCCACGGCUGUGACCCACGGCUGUGACCCACGGCUGGUUGCGUGAGCCAUGGCUGUGAGCCAUGGCUGUGACCCACAGCUGUGACCCAUGGCUGUGACCCAUGGUUGGUUGUGUGAGCCAUGGUUGU